AUGCCCCGCAAAGCACAAACGAGAAGAACAUUGAGCAAGCUCUGUUUGACAAGCUCUCAUCAAGCAGUUGAGUGCGCUCAGCCGUGGUGGCUCAAUCAUGUUGCCUCCGCUCCCCUCUACAUCAGGUCUAUGCCGAAGGGCUACAAUUCAUUCGAUGAUACCGAUGGAUCGGUGACAGUGCGUGAAGUACUGGAUGACAUGCCCUUUGGUCAGUUUCAUGUGGUUCAUCUCACCUGGGCGAUCGUGGCCAUUGCCAUCCUGGCGAUCCAAUAUGAGAUGACGCCCUACAUGUUUUUGGGGCUUCAACUGCAUUUCGGUGCCGGUCGCGAAGAGCUGAGCACCUUCGCCGCGGCCUUCCAGGCAGGCUGUGCCUUCGGCACCAUGGUGGCGCCCUUCUUGGCCGAUCGCCUGGGUCGAAAGCCCACGCUGACAUUCUCCAUCACCGUGGCUGCCAUUUUUUCGUUCGCUUCUGCGACAGCCAGAUCAUUGCAUAUGCUCUUGGUUCUCAGGACGGUGAGUUCGGCCAGUUGGGCAAUCGCUUGGAACACCUUGGGUCCGUGGUAUAUUGAGUUCCUUCCAACUCGCACGCGCGGUGCUAUGUUGACCAGCGUUGGUCUGGGUUGGCCAGUAGGACGAGGGAUUGCCAUUGCUUGCUCCCAGUACUUGGUCUCCGACUGGCAGAAGCUGCAGAAGCUUCAAGCGAUCACCAUGCUGACGCUCAUGGCCGCCACGCGCCUCAUCAACGAGUCGCCGCGAUUUCUGGCCUCGAGGGGUCGGAAGGAAGAGGCUCGGCAAGUUCUAGAUGCUGUGCAUCGGACCAAUGGGAGCACAUGGAACUCCAGUCGUCAGCUUUGCCUCGAUGAUACGGUGCAGACGCUGGAUGACAGGACAUGGCAGGAACUGUUCUCAAACGCUUAUUUGGGAAGAAUCACUUUUUGCUG